AUGCCUUCUUUUCUCCGAUUCAAUCAGUUCUACUCAACGAAAACGGAUACAGAAAAUGACGCAACCACAAUGUCAGAACGUAAAACUACCAGUGCUCAAACAAUCGUCAUCAUAUCAUCUUUAAUAUUGCUCAUUGUCGCGUUAGGACUUCAAGCCGGCGGUGUAAUGUCACCAAGUUGGCAGGUGGUGGACAUUCGGGAGUUUCGAGCAACUCACCAUCACGGCUUAUGGCUUGACUGCACAAGACCUCAACUUCACUUGGUAAAAUCUCAAAACAAAGACGAUCUCCCACUACAUUGCACAUAUAAAUUUGACAUAUCUGCAACGCAAAUCAUUGAUGAAAAUAUUGAGGACAUUGAUCAGAAUAGUGCAGCUGGAGAAAGCGAGCACCAUCAAUUUUUCGGUUGGCACAAAUUCACCUUAGGAUUUAUGCUCUGCGCCAUUGUCCUGGCCGCAUUAUCUCUCUUGUGCGGAAUUUGUGCUCCUUGCAGUUCUGGGUUUGCCGUGUUGUAUGCUAUACUAGUGGCUUUUACAGCUUUCACAGCCACGUGUGGUGACGCUAUUUUUUUCUUCGCGGCUCAUAGAGUCGAUAGUCGAUUUGUGCAAGGACUUGUUGGAACUUAUGAGCAAGUAAUAGGUAUGGCAUUCUACCUCCACGUGGCCGGCACAGCGAUCUCCUGCUUGGCCCUGAUCAUGGCUGCAAUUUCGGCCUACUCACUUCUCCAAAACAACGAAUCUGAUCGACAUCUUCCAAUGCGAGAAAUGGCUCCACUUCACGAGCCACGAUUUGCGCGAGUCUGAUUACUUGUUUGCCAAAUUGCCAUAUUUUGGGAUCUCUUUCAUGAUUUUGUUAGGUAACUCAAACACUACCUUAUAAAAUUAUCUGUUUUUAUCCUGACAUUUGCUCGUUUUUUUUUUUUUUUCUUUGUCAUAUUUUCUGUACGAUUCAUCGAUCCACUGUGAAUUUUGGAAGCAUUGAAAAUUAU